AUGAAGAAUUUUAUAUUAGUUCAUAAAAUUAAAACUACUUAAUCAGUUAUUUCUGGUUCUUAAGAAGAUUAUAAAUUUGAAAAAAUCUCUAUUUUUGAUUCUAAAUAUCACUAUACAAUUUUUCUUGAAAUCCCUUAAUAUGGCUUAGAAGAAAUAAGUGUAUCCUUAAAUGAUAUAGAAUUAUAUUAAUUGGAAUCAUUAGAUCCUAUAGGUGAAAGAGAUUACUAUUUAUUUACAAUAUAGGCAUUAUUUUUUUAAGCUAAUGGAAUAUCAUUAAUUAAAUCUCCUGGAUGCCAAGAAUUUUCAAUUCUAAAUGCAUAUUCUGUAAUAAUAAAAAAUGUAAAUGUAACAUCGUCUCUUAAACAAAAGCCUUUAAAUUUUGGUUCAUUAAAAGAAGAAUCACUUAGUUAAAUUUUAUAUGUUUAAGCAUAAAUAGUUGAAUUGAGUGAUAUUUUUAUCUUCAAUUAAUUAAGUGUGGAUAUUAAAAUUAUUGAAAUAAAUUUAAUUUAAGUUUUAUAUAAGCAGUAAGGGUAUCUAAAAUUAGAAAAUUUAUUAUUUUAAAACUUGUAAUUGAUUAAAACUAUUUUCUCAGAAAUUACUACUGCUUUGUUUAUUUCAGGCACUAUUCAAAAUAAUAUAACAUUUUCAAAUUCUUAAUUUAAAGGAAUAACUUUAAAUGAAUUAGUACAAGAUACUAAGAUUUCUUCAGCUGCAUUAGCUGUUAUAUAAUCAGAAUAAAGUUAUGUAAGAUUUUUUGAUAAUAUCAUAUAUGAUGUUAUUGUGUUAAAUUCAAGUAGUUCAAUUAUUUUGAUAUAAAUUUUGUAAUUAGAAAUAGUUAAUUUAACAAGCAUUAAUGUAAAUAAUAUUUAAAAUUACCUUGAAAAUUAUAGAAAACAAUAAUUCAUAAUAAUGGACUAAUUGGAUUCUCUAUUAAUUAAUUCUUUAGGUGGUUUAAUGAAUUUAUAAAUUUAAUAUCUAACUAUUUUGAAUUCUUGUUUUAUUAAUUCAACAGGAUUGUUGGGAGGUGUAUUAAGUAUUACAACUAAAUAAAAUGGAUUAAUAAAUAUAUCUCAUUGCAAUUUCACUAAUCAAUCUACAAGUGUAAAUAAUGCUUAAGAUGGAAAAGGAGGCACCAUAUUUAUUAAUUCAGAAAAUUCAUAUCUAAAUCUUCAUAUCAGUAAUACAAACUUUAUUAAUUCAAAAAGUGGAUUUAUUGGUGGUGUAAUUUAUUUUAAACUUUCUUUUUAUUAAGUGUUAAUAUCACUUAAUAAUAUAUAUUUAAAAGAUGUAUUUGCUAUAUACUCUUCAGCAUUUUCAUUUUCAAUGAGUGAACUCAAUGCUGGAUCUGUUUCAUAUAUUACUUUGAAAAAUAUAAGAGUUGAUAAUUAGUUUGAGGCAUUUCUAUCCUACUUAUCAUAAUUUAAUUUGAAUAUCAAUAAUUAUUAAAUAGAUUAAGGUUCAGCUGUAUUUUCUUUAAAAGAUUGGUAAAAAUAAUAUUAUAUUAUAUUAUAGCCAAGUACUAUUAGACAAUUUUCAAUAUGAUGGAUUCUCACUUCAACCAAUUUUUUAUUUAAAAUUUGUUAAGAAAAUGUUAAUUAAUAAUUUUAUUAUUCAAAAUACAACUCAUCUAUCUUCCUAAUUAAUUUAUAUAGAAAACUUAUAAAGUAUAAAAUAAGUUAUAAAUUUAGGUAUAAAAUCCACUUUCAUUAUCCAAAAGCUUCAAAUUAGUCAGAGUUCUGAAUAUUAAAGUUUACAAAAAUCUUAUCCAAAUUUUGACUAACAAAUUAUUGAUUUACACAGUUAUUAAUAAUCUUUGAUUUAAGGUAAUAAAUUAAAAACACUUAUCUAAAUGAAUUUUUACUAAAACAUAUCAUCUAUUCACAUUAAAUUACUUUAUUUGAUUAAUAAUAAUUGCACUUUUUGUAAUAAUGGAAUAUUUAACUUGAAUAAUUAUUAAAGCAAUAUAAAUUUAAGAUUAGUAGGACUAGUAUUUCUAUCAAAUAUAUGUGGUUUAGAUUCUUGCUUUUUGGUGAAAUCAUAAAAUUAAUAAAAAUAUCAUUAACUUACAGGAUCUAAAUUUAUUAAUAAUAAAGCUUAUAUAGGAGGAGCUAUUAGAUCAGAAAAUUAUGGUUUUCUAAUUAAAUAAUGUUAAUUCAUUUGGAAUGAAGCUAAUAGCAAAGGAGGAGCAAUUUAUUAUUAAAAUAACAAUUAAAAACUUAAAAUAUUUGAAACAUAUUUUUGUUCUAAUUAGGCUUAAAUAGGUGGAGCUUUAUUUGAUUUGAAUCUUUAUGAUUAAAAUUCACAUUCAUUUCAUUUUAUAGGAAAUAAGGCAUCUUAAUAUGGUAAUAAUAUAGCCACUUAAGCUAGUAUGUUAUAAUUACUGAUUAAUGAUAUUCCUCAGAAUAGAUAUACAAAUUAUCAUGAUAAUAAAACAAUAGAAGAAGUUUUAUACUUUAAUAAAUCAAUAUUAACAAAAUAUUUAUACUUUCCAAGUGGAAGUAAUUUAAAUAGCUUUCAAAAAUUUAAUAAAAAUAGCACUUCUUUUUAAAAAUAUCCAAUAGAUAUAACAAUCAAAACAUACAAUUUUCAGAAUGAAUAAAUGAUUGAAUAAAAAAAUACUAAAUGUAACUUUAACACUUAACUGAUUAAAUAAAUAGGAAAUGAUGAAUAGAUUAUUAAUAACUCAGUUAUAACAUAACUUUUAUAUGAUGACUCUUAAUCUUUAUAUAAUUUAAAUGAACUUAUAUUUACAUUUGAUCCUUAUCUGGAUAGUAAUUAUUAUCUUAGAACUGAUGUAUAAUGUGAUAGUGUUAAAAUAAACAAUUAUUUUUUAAGAUUUUACAGUAAAUCCUUUAAAUGUCAAAUAGGGGAAUAUUAUUAAGAUGACAAAUGUCUUAAAUGUGAUAGCAAUCAAGGAUAUUAUUCUGUUGAAUACAAAGCUACUUCAUGUCAAAGAAUAAAUAUUUAAAUGAUCAAAAGCACAACAGGAGCAUUAAUUGAAUUAUAAACUGGAUAUUGGAGACCAACAUUAAGAUCUAAUAAAAUUGAAUAAUGUAAAACAUACCCUAAGAGAUGUCUAGGUGGAUGGUAUGUCUCUGAUCAAUCUUGUGAUGUAGGAGCUCUUGGAGCAUUAUGUGAAUAAUGUGAUAUUUAUAAUAUAAGAGGUUAAGGUUCUUAUUUGAAUAAUAAAGCUUAAAAAUGUUAAAUAUGUGGUUAAUUUAGUUAUCAAUUUGUUUUUAUGAUUAUUGAUACUAUAUGGAUUGUAUUAUUAAUUGGAUUGACUAUAAAAAGUAAUAACUUUUCUAAUAGAUAAUUAUUCAAAUUGAAAUGUCUUUAUAGACAUUUUGGAACUAUUCACAAAUAAAUGAUUGAUUAAACUAGUACAUUAAUUAAAUUGGCUAAUAAUAACUUUUAGAUUCUAUCAUUAAUUAAUACUUUUUAAAUUUCUAUAUUUUCCAAUCUAACAAAUGUUGUUUUAUUUUUGGGUGAUUCAACUUAUAUGGUUACAUAUUAACUGGAUUGUUCAAUACCAUAUAUUACUCAUAUUAAUUAUGAAUAUGCUCAUUAUAUUUUAAUGUUAUUAUUGCCUCUCCUACAUUUUGCAAUAGGAUGUUUUAUAUUUUUUUUAUUUUUACUGAAAAAACAAGUAAGUUUUUCCAAAUCAUACAUUUACUCUGCCAUUAUAUAUUUAUAUUGUUUGAAUUAGCAAAAUAUUAUUAAAUGGUAUUAUUAUUAUAUUAAUUAAUUUUAGGGGUGUCUCAUUGAUAACAAAAAGAUCACUUUCAGGAAUUGAUUGGAUUUAAGCAAAUGUAGAAAAUAGAUAUGAUACAUAAGUUCAUUAAGAUUGGUCUAUUAGAUUCAUAUAUCCUAUUUUAAUAGUUUAUGGUAUCCUUAUUCCUUUGUUUUUAUAUUUACAAUUAAGAAAAGUAAAAGAUUGUCUUGAUGAUAAGAAUCCAAGAUUAAAAUAUUCAUUUUUAUAUAAUGAAUAUACAGCAGAAUCAUAUUAUUGGGAAAUUAUUAAAAUGCUGUAAAAGUUAUCUAUUAUCCUUAUUGUUAAUUAUUACGAAUAAUUUAUAUUAGUAAAAGGAAUCAUUAUAUUUUUAAUCAUCUUGAUUUAUUACAAGCUUUGUUAAUAAUUUUAGCCAUAUAAAUUAUAAUCUAUAAGUACUAUUGAUGUUAAAACAUCAUUUUUAUUAUCUGUGACAAUGAUAUUUGGUCUCUUACUUUAUGUUGUUUAAUAAGAAAACAUAAUGUAUCUUAAUUAUUUGAUUUAAAUGAUCAUAAUUUUCCUUAUUUUGGCAUUAGCAGAAGCUUUAUUACAUAGAAUUUUCAUUGCAUAUAUUGGAAAACUAAAUUUACAAUUAGAUUUUAUUAGAAAAAUAAUAAUUAGAAGAUUCCCAUCUAUUUAUAAAGAAUUUAAAUGUCUAAGACCAUAUCUAUUAUUAAGAAAAGAUCAAGAAGAAAGAAUUUAAACAAGAUUUAGAAAAAUUAAACAAUAUUUAAAAUCUCAAUCAAGAUUUAUCAAUAAUAAACAAGUUUUAUUGAGUAUCAAAGAGUCCAGUUUCAUUGCCUCAAAUCCUUUAUCAUAAAAUACAACAAGACCAUUCAUAAAUACAGAUAGGAACUAAAAUACAAAAAUUUUAGACUGA